AUGAAUUGCAACAAAAAAGUAGAAUUGUAUGGGGUUUUGGCUUUAUCUAAAGUUGUUGAUGAUUUAAUCUUCCCUAACCUAAUUAAAAUAUUAAAAAGAGAGAAAAUUUAAGACUGCCUAGAAUUUCUUUCAUAAGAUCUAAAUUUAAGGCAAGUCGGAUAAGAAAUAUAAUAGGUAGAAAUAUAAUCGCUUUUUGGUCAGAAAUAUAUGGUCAAUGUUGGAGACAAUAACAUUAAGAGAAUUAUCAAUGUUCUCAAAAAAACGAAGGAUCAUGAAUUUAAUGAACAGAAUUACUCGAUGGAUGAAUAUGAAGAAAUUAAAAAAAAUCUGAAAAGAAAAUUAUAGAAUUUUUAAAAUUUUUAGUUCAUCUUACAGCCUUUGAUGAGAGAUACAUAUAAUGUUUGGGUUUGGGUUUGGGUUUGGGUUUGGGUUUGA